CGUUUGGAUUACGCGCAGUGCCACUGGCGUCCAAUUACUUUUUUUCCAUUCUCCAAAAUAAAAUAGAGAAAACCCUAACGAAAAAUCAGACAGAGAUUGUGAAUUUUGAUUUCGCAAAAGGAGAGAAAGCGAACGAGCGAGAGAGGGGGGAGAGAUAGAGAGGAGGUACAGCAGGAGAAGAAGAAAGAAAGAAAGAAAUAAAGAAAUAUGGUGUUCUAUUUCAAAGCCCGUCCAGAGGUAGGAGAUUACACCAUUUUUAUGGGUCUCGACAAGUACGAGAACGAGGAGCUUAUCAAAUACGGUUUCCCUGAAGACAUUUGGUUCCACGUGGACAAAAUGUCUUCUGCUCAUGUUUAUCUUAGACUGCACAAAGGACAGACAAUUGAUGAUAUAAGUGAAGGUUUACUGGAGGAUUGUGCUCAGCUUGUGAAAGCAAAUUCAAUCCAAGGCAACAAGGUGAAUAACAUUGAUGUUGUUUACACGCCCUGGUCCAAUUUAAAGAAAACUGCUUCCAUGGAUGUUGGCCAAGUUGGCUUCCACAAUCCAAAGAUGGUUCGAACUGUGAGAGUCGAGAAGCGGAUAAAUGAGAUAGUUAAUAGACUCAACAGAACAAAGGUUGAAAGAAGGCCUGAUUUGAAAGCUGAGAAAGAAGCAAUCCAUGCAGCAGAAAGAGCAGAGAGAAAGCUUCAACUAAGGGAUAAAAAACGAAGAGAGGAAGUGGAAAGGCUUGAAAAAGAGAGACAGGCAGAAAUAAGGAGCUACAAAGGUUUGAUGGUUUCUGAGAAGAUGACAUCUAACAAGCAGAUUGCAGCUGAAAACAAGUCGUUGCAGGAACUGGAAGAGGACUUCAUGUAAGCACAAUGGCAUUUAACUGUUAUGUCAAACUUGCUGCCUCUUGAAGAAGUGGGUUUGUCAUUCAGUUGUAACUCUAGACAGAAGUUGUUUCCCCUCCUACAAAUAAAUCAUAUCAGCUUCAUGCCCGUAUUCUUAUGGUGUUGGUAAGAAAAGUCCGGAAAUCUAAAGGAAGCCUAACGCACAAAGUGUAGGAGGGAUAAUUUAUUAUAGAGGCCGUAAAUUGUAAUUGGAUGAUGAUGGUAAACAUUUUCAAGACUGGCAUUGAUGAUUUUAUUGUGAUAUAAACUACUUUUGAACU